GGUUCCCACAGCUAGCCCACGUCGGAGACGCCUCCAAGUUCCCCUCUUUCUCAUCCUCCUUUUCGAAAAACUAGUCGAAAGCUUGAGAACUCCAUAUCUGGCUACGCUCCAAGCUCCUCGUCGUACUCAACGACGCCGCCUCUCUCGAGCACACGCCUGCGUCCAUCUCACGUACGACGACACGUCUCUUUUUCCUAGCGCCGCGAGGCGAGUGGCACCUUCACUGAUACAGCGACACGACUCUGCUACUCAGCGUUGCAAGGCGAUAGUUCGCUCCCGUUGGCCGCGUCUCCCACACGCACUACGCGUCCCGAGAUGAAGGGACGCUUCGACGGCCGGAUGCUGGCGUGCAAGCAAGGCAACGACGACUGUAGAGGCCCGCAUGCGAGCGAGGCUCCGACCGCCCGAUGCGUGGGAGACAAGGUCGCGACUGUUUUUCCGACUGCUCACACGCGUGGGAGAUGAACACUGCGACGAAGGCCCAUGGCGGCACUGGAGCGAGGCGAGGGUGGCUACUGGCUAUCGUGCGGAGCAGCUGCAGUCGUUGCUGCCCCGGGCGACGACGUCCUGUUCUCGUCCAUGUCCGUCUCCCGCGUGGCUCCACACCAUGGCGAGGUGAACCACGCGCUGCAUGCCGCAGCAUCCCUAUACGGUGGGGACCAAAACGUGCAUCGACGAUGUGAACAUGUACCAUCCCGGCGAUGGCGACGGAAACGGGAAGAGCGACGCCGCUGUUUUGCUCAGGAGACAGAGGCUUAUGGCUGUUUGUGGGACCUUUCAUCUGGGAGUGGACUGUUCUGGAUGCACAACAUGUGUUUGAGGUAAUGCCCAUUGGAUGUCCCUUUUCCUUUUUCUUUAAUCAACAUCGCUCUAAAUCCGAGCGCAGACGCAACAGCAUCAUCUCCUUUCUCGUCCUACCCUGUCCGCACCUCACCAGCUCCACCCGAUGGCUUUUUCCCUUUAUUUUUCCCACAACAUGCAAGCUGUAGCUAAAGCCACUGAAGAUCAGACAGACGCAACACAACAACAUCCACUCCCGCCGGCUUUCUCAUUGAUUUCCCACAAGGCGAAAGCUGAAGCUCAAGCCGCUGUUGGCCAACCAUCAACAUUUGCGUUUUUACUGUACCUAUUUGAAAUCUAAUGUUUUUUCCUUUCCUUUCAAUCACAUAAACAUUUACCCGUUUUUAGCCUCUCAGAGCUUAGAAAUAUUCUAAAUAAUGUCAUUUCAUUAUGCAAUAUGGAUUACAUAUGAUACAACUUCUUCGCCAUGCAAAAAAUUAACAUUUUUAGAGCUUACUUGAACUUGAUGACAAUAUAUUAUUGGAGGGGACUCAUGUGUUCUGUGGCA